GCUCUGGCAUCAGAGAGCCAGCUCGGACCCCUACGGGCGCGUCAUGUGGGACUACCACGUCUUUCUUCUGGUCAGCUGCACGCGCCAUCGAGCAGUGAGUAGGCCCGAGGGGUGCCGCAAGCGCAGGCUGACCCGCCGCAGAGUACUGCGCAGCAGGCUCACUCAGGAGAGGGGACCAUGCUGCCGCCUGAGAAGGCCUCUUCGCCGCCUCUGCCGCGCAAGUCUCAUCCCUCCUCGUUCUUCCGACGCUCCGUGCAGUCACCGCGCGCCUCUGGCGAUGCGAGCGCCACUGCCAGCCCACCGGUGGCGCCCUCUACGGGGCCAGAUGCUGCUGAAGCACCAGUGACCGAGUCGUUCUCCUGGGUGUACGACUACGACUCGACGCUGUCGGGGCCACAGGAGACGCCGCACGCCGUGCCCCUGGCGCAUUACCUCCAAGAGACAUUCCACCCCGAGCUGAUGGACACGCCAGCAACGGCCGCAACGCUGCGACCGCUUCUCCGCGCUGUGCCAGCGUCUCUCUUCCUGCGCUUCUUUUCCAGCGAUCGCAGCCACAUGCGCGUGCGCGUGCGACAGGACAACGGCGAGGAGGUAGACGACUGGAGCAUGCCCCCGCCGCCGUGGGACACUGUAGCUGGGCCAGAUGCCAGGGCCGAGGGAGACCUGCACGGCCUCUGGAAGCACUACGUGGACAUGCAGGCUCAGGGCGAUGCAAGAUACGGCACGGUGUACAACCUCGCGGGCCUGGCACAGCACAGCUUCCUCCGGGCCCUGCGGCCCGGCAAGACGCUGCUCAACCUGUCUCGCACACCGGUUGCGUCGCCACCCAGCCAGGCACAGCACCUGCGCACACCAGGCACAGACGAAGCCUCGCCGGCCCUGCCCAUCGGCGAGGUCUUGCAGAACAAUGGCUUCUCUCCUGGCUCGGAGGGCAGUCCGAGGCAGUCUCCUGCGCUUGAGAACGGAGCUGCCGGCUCGGGCGGCGCCAGACGAGGCGGCCGCAUCACCCAUCCACUCUUUCCCGCCUAUGCUGCUGCAGCGCUCGAGCAUCGCGCGGGCCGCGCUCGAGGGUCCUACUUAGGGCUCGGCAUAGCCACCUCGCCACCGCUCGCUCCAAGCGAUGCCGCCGAGCACACGUAGCGGAGCCGCAGAGCAGCGCGCGCGGGCGCGUGCAGCCGAGCCAUCUAUCCCAGAUCGACGAUACCCGCCAGUCCGCUGUCAGGCAAGGAGGGCCGCUGUGUCUUGGCCCCCAGCUGCAAUCUGGAU